AUGGAGAAGGAUCUUCGCGACGCAUAUGCAGCACUCAAGCUGCUUCGGGCAGACCUUGUGAAGACCCGCCGCGAUAAACGUGCUCUAGAGGCCUCACUGUCCCACCUGCAGACCCACGGGCCGCCUCCCAGCGCUGCACAAGCUCGCGAGAGUCGCGAGACGCAACAGAUGCAACACGAGGACGCCAAUGCGCAAUUAUGGCGUCUCGCUGCAAUUUACGAAAGUCGAUUGGCGGAAAUGGAAAUACAAUUAUUGCACAAUAAUUGUCAAAAGAAGGAGGCAACUCCCGAAGUUGAAGACAAUCAACAAGAAGUCGAGGAAGUGGAGAAGCUCGCGCUGCUUCACAAGCUCCACAGUCUGACCGCCACCGUCGAGCAGCAGACGCAGACGAUGCUGGCGCAACAGGCAGCUUUUGCGCUGCAGAAGGGCGAGCUGGAGACGACGCUGGAGGACACACAGCACCAGCUCCAGGCAGAGAAGAGCAGGGCGACUGAUGCGCUAUUAGAACAACAAGCAGCUAAAGAGAGGUAUGAGUUCUUGGAGACUCAAGUGGAGAUCUUGAAGCAGGACAAGAAGACGUUGGAGGAGGAGAACCAUACACUCCACAAGAACCUAGCGACGCAUGCCCAGACGAGUAGAAUAUUGCAACAACAAGUGCAGGAGAAGGACGAGGAGCUCACUGUGCACGAGAAAACUAUUCAAGAACAAAAAGAGAGACAAGAACGAUAUAUAACGACGCUGAGAGACUUGGAGAAUACGUAUAUUCAAGAAACAUACACGUUCAAGGUGGCCAAACUGGAAAAUGAGCUGGAAACGACUCAUAAACAACUCACAGCAGCGACAACUAGCCGAGCGAUCGAAUUGAAAGAGCAAGACGUCAAGUUUCAAGCGGUUUUGGACAAAUUGAGGCAGCAGGAGCAACAGGCGACGACACUGCGAGACUUGGAGACUAAUUUCGCGGACGUGCAGGCCAAACUCACGAUAGCGGAGACCAAAUUGGCUGAUGGAGUGAAGCAAUACGAGCAACAACUUGCUCAGGCCUCGCAGAAGCUACUUGUUCAAGAACAAGACCACGAACAGCACGUAAGUUCUCUGCGUGACGUGGAAAACGAGCUGGCACGAGUUCAGACGCAACUCACGGAUACGGAGGCCAAGUUACAGCUAAACGUGACACUAUUCGACGAAAAACUCGCGCAGACUUGCCAACUUGCUGCUGAACAUGAAAAGACAGCUCGAGUGCUAGCUAUGGAGAAGAAGGCGCUUCAACAAGACGUUCGUGAAGCUCGACAGACAUCGAAAGUCAAGACCGAAGAGCUUCUUCAUUUCCAGUCGAUGAUGAAGCAGAAAACUGGGGACCAUUCGCAGCGUUUAAGCCAGUAUCAAGCGCGUUGUGAGCGUCUAGAGACUCAACUAUUAUCAUCUGAAGACCACAAGGUGUACGAAAGCAAUCCAAGCGGUGAGUUGAGAACUUUCCAUGGUCUUAACGACGCCGAAAUCAUCGCGCUGCCCUCUUCCAAGGCGUGGGUUAUAUUACACUCUGCAAUAACCAAGCUGGAAGACUUCUUCCCAUAUCUUGAAGCACUGAGUAGUGCAUUACAAGACGUGUUAGCCUUGUGCAAGAGCCAUGCGACUUUUCUUCCAACGCUAUGUGAGCGUUUUGAAGACAAGACAGUUAGCGACAAGACCCAGCCGGUGUUGGUUAUGGCGUUAAAGCUGGUACGCUUUGCUGCCGUGUUGAAGACUCAGGUCCAGCAAGACGACGCUGUUGUGACUUCAAAAGCGGUCCAAGGUUUCCGUAAACGCGUGCUGGAUGCUCUCGCGCAAUGGUACGAGUGUGGCGUGGAUGGUUGUGACCAAAGUGGAAAUGGGUCCAUGCCCACACCCACUUUUACUACCACUUCUCGAGAGACAGCACUCAUUUUACAGAAUUGGACCAGUGACCGGACAAAGCAGUUGGGAGUGAGACGCUGGUUGGCACGGAUGGAAGCGUAUCCUGGCGUCCCGCCACUUCGAGGAGCGUCGUCGAACCGUGUCCUGGAACUUCCUCCGGAGAGUUGUACACUGGAGCUGGAAGAUAUGACGCCGGAGGUGAAAGAUGCGUUUCUGUUGCUCCUGAUACCGAUCUUGAAGCAGAACCGAGCGCUACAUGCCACUAGCACCCAACUCUCCAGCGUCGUCAGUGUCAUCAUCCACUUCCAGUUCGGCAAGCUCGAGACUGCAGAUUAUUCAAGAACGCUUGCAGUAUUUGCACAAUAA